GUAGCCAACACAAAAGCAGUUUCGCUCGUUGCACAAAAAGGUACGACGGAGAAAGAAAUCAUAAUAAAGUAGAAGAAUUUAUCACAAAUAUUACUAUCUACAAGAAAAUUGAAAAAAUCACCGACGAAGACGCUCUCGAAGGAUUAACGUUGUUACUAACAGGACAAGCAGCUACGUGGUGGAGUGGCGUCAAAGGUGAGAUAAAAAAGUGGAAUCCAGCUUUAGACGCGAUCAGAAGUGCAUUUGCCCCAAAAAUGCAACCGCAUGAAGUUUAUCUGGAAUUGUUUGCGAAGAAGCAAACAAACGAAACUAUUGAUGCAUUCGUUUGUGACAAACGUGCCUUGCUAUCGCAUCUUCCAGCAAAAAGGCACAAGGAAGAAGAGGAACUGGAUUUCGUAUACGGACUCCUCAAUAUCCGCUUCAAAAAAGAAAUUCCUCGCUAUGAGAUCAAAUCGUUCUCAGAGCUAUUGGAACGAGGUCGACAUAUUGAAAACCUUGCCAAAGAAGCCGAAGAAAUUGCAGAAACUAGCCUGCGCACGGGUAUUGAGAGGAAGCAGCCGAAAAGAUGUUCGUACUGUGGCAAAAAAGGCCAUUUUCAAGAAGUUUGCCGUAAAAGAUUGUCAGAGGAAGCAAUGGGAAAAAAUAAGUCCUCAAGCGAAAGUGUACAGAUAAGCUGUUAUGGUUGUGGAGUACCGGGGGUAUUUCGCAGCAACUGCAAAACGUGUAAAAACAAUGAAACGCCGCCAAAUGUGAUGUUGCCAGAUGAAUUAAAAUAA